CCAGAGGAAUAUAAAGCAUUGGAGGGUAAGCCUGUUCUCUUGACUAUAGCUUGCCAAAGCAGACUUAACCAUAAUGAAAGAACAGUGGAAACCAUGAGGGGGAAAGACACAGGCAGAACAGACACAACACAGAGCAUGGAGGGACGAAAACGGCACUGUUGUGUAUCCGAGAAAGAGAGGAAACAGACGGAAAGGCAAGCACACCGCACCAGCCAGGCCAGAGAGUUUAAGAGCAAAAUGUGUAGGUUUUUCCCCAGUGAACGGCUCCCGAGAAUUGUGCACGAUGCCCAGACAGCACAAAGAAGACAGCAGGUCAAAAAGAGGGAGCAGGCGCAGAUCAAAGAACACCAGGAGCGCAUGCUUCGAGGCAGGGAAUUGAUAGAACAAAGACUCAAGGAAAGACUCUCGAGAAGAACCCAGGGCCAGCUCCCAUCACUAGAGAAGCUCGAGAGAAUGAAGAAGGAGAUGAAGGACUUUGAGAGGGCUAACAUACACCCGCUUUUGGAGCUGCGCAGAAAAAGUCUCAUUAAGUUGGAAAGUCUUAUCGAAAAGUCUCAGGUGCGAGAGGAAGCGAAAACUGUAAAGCCUCACCAAAGGAAAAGUCUGGCCUUACCACCCUUUUUGAAAAGUCAUGUACGAAAAAGCAAAGAUCAGUAA